AAUUUUAAACAUAUUCCAUUCUUUUAGUGGCGAUCAAAUAGGCACCAAUGUACCUGUGACAAUAAGCGGCUGUUGAAUCAAAAAAGGAAAAAUAAAAAGAUAAUCUGGACUUUUUUUCCUCUUCUUUUCUUUCCCCCUUACCUUUUUACGAUAUGAGCUUACAGCGCAAAAAAAAGCCUGUAGAGUUUCAUUUUGUAGACAUGAAUGAUCCAAGUAGAUAUAAGAAAUUAAAGGUAUCUCGUGCCUGCGAUUUCUGUAGAAGACGUAAAUCAAAAUGUGACAUAGGCAUUCCUGGUUCAGGCACUUGCUCAAAAUGUAGAAAACACCAAAUUGUCUGUGUAUUCUCUCCUGUCAGCACGGUGAAGGGAGCCUCUCCUCAGACUGAAGAUGUCGUUCUACUAACUCCUACUAUAUCGAUUCCGAUGAAUUAUCAAGAAUUUCAAUCAAAAUAUUCUUCAUUAUCCGUCAAGAAUGGUCAACCUGGCUAUGAAUUGUUACCACAGCAACAUUUGAUCAUCACUAAUAACACAACGGUAGCUAUGACGGCAGAACCUACUAAGGAAUUAGAAGAUACUCUAUUUCAUAUUUAUUUUGCAUUUGUACAUCCUGCAUAUCCAUUACUAUUCAAGCAAUGCAUACUAGACAUUCAUUCUAAAGACAAAUAUUUACUAUCUCAUUCAUUACGCUAUGCUAUCAUGUCACUCUCAUCAAUCUACCACAACAACGAGUAUAGCAUGUCAUUCUAUCAAUUAGCAAAAGAUCACAUCAACAUAGCAUCUCCAGAAUUACUUUCUAUAAGACUAGAUACAGUGCAGACAUUACUAUUACUAUACAAGUAUACAGAAAUAUCAUUUAUAACACCUGACGUUCGAUAUCUUGAAAUUGCCAAUGUCAUCUUGAAGCAAUUAAAUUCAUCCUUGAUGUUUCAGCAGCAAGAAAUGAUCAAUAGAGCGAGAUGGAUAUUGUUUGCUUCUGUUGGUCUAUCAAACCUGUCAGAUCCUGGUUUCAACAAACUAUAUUCAGAAAUCGACCUGCCGACUCAUUUGCCUCAACCAUUAAAAGAGGAACACAACGAAGAUGCAUUUUGGAACAAAUUUUCACAAGUGCUAAAUCUCUCUGUGCUAUACUCUCAUACCAUCCAAUCAAUCAUCGCUGGUGCAUCUGAUAUAGAUAUUCACCAAUUUAUAUCUAUGAGGCAACACUGGUAUGAUUCCUUGAACCCAUCAGUGCAAAGCGCUCUUGUAUGCGAAAAUGGUCAAGUGAUCGACAUCCUUCCUUUAUACAAUGCUAUAAUCUAUGACAUGCUUUAUCUGUUAUUGUUGCUCCAUCAACAGCAUCAAGUGAAGAGGGGAAUCACCAUAGAAACAGCUUAUCGUCUCCAACGAAUGAUCUACAAGUGGGUAACUCAUACUCAAUUUAUAAGCGCGAUACAGAGUAAACGCAUGGCUGUGUUUGGCUUGUUACUCUGUUUACAGGUUUAUAUUAUUGCCAACAUCUUUGACUGUAUAGAAAACAUUAGGCUUGUCAUGAAACACAUUCAGUACAUCGAUCCAAAGAUCGAUCAACAAUUGAAUGAGCUGACAAGGCAACUGACGAUCGGUCGUAUCAGAACGCCAAACUCACCACUAGAAGAAGACUACUUUAGUCUGAUUCCAAUGCAUUCUACAUGCUCUUCUCCUUCUUUGUCGACCCCUUUAUUUGUCAAUCAGAAUACCUCUCCUUUAGCAAAAGACGAACUAGAUAUUUUAUUACAGGAACAGCUACAACAACUGCAAAUAAAGCCGGUUUGCUAUUUGAAUAGUAAUAAUAAUGUUAAUAAAAGCUAGAAUUAUCGAUCUUGUCGUUUGUCUUCAUCAAUAAUGCCUGCCAUCUUUAAGAGCUCUUUGUCCAAUUCUCCAUCUGAUAAUCUAAUAUUCAAUCCUGACCUUCGCUGAGCUUCUUUCCUUUCAAACUCCCAUUCUUUUAACUGUUUUUCUUUAUCCUUUUCUGUUCCCAGCCCAAACACUUCAACAUCUACUGUCUCAAAAAUGUACUUGAAAUCUUGCUUUCUUCUUUUAAAGCUCAUCCAAACUGGAGAGCUUGGGUAUGCUUCAUUUUCAUAGACGCCUCCUUGUAAGGUAUUCUCUAAUAAUAAGGUAAAAUCAAAUCCUUUCUCUGCUCUUGCACCGAACCCAAUCCCUGUAUCGUGAUGAUAGUAUAUGUAGUGGCCAUUCACUGUUCUUUCAUUCGAUCGAAAGAUAUCGAAAUUCGGCUCAAGUUCAAAUAAGAAACAUUC